UUAGUAAUAAAAAAAAAUUCGCCGUUCUUGCACGUGAAAAGUAAGAAAAUUCGCAAAAUACUCCAGUAAAAUGCAGAGAAUCCGGGGAAUAGUGCUCAGGACUGGUCUCCUAGUAUCCACACGCACGUAUAGCCAGGGUAGCCCGAAUGCUCUUGCCACACUUAGGCGAAAGACUGGCUACACCAUCUCAAACUGCAAGAAGGCUCUUGACUUGCAUCAAAACAAUAUCGUGCAGGCGGAAAAGUGGCUCAAUGACCAGGCUCAAGCGAUGGGCUGGUCAAAGGCUGAGAAGCUGGAGGGCCGGAAGACACAGCAGGGUCUUAUUGGUGUCCUCGUGAGAGAGAACUGCGGCAUUAUGCUGGAAGUGAAUUGCGAGACCGAUUUUGUGGCUCGCAACAAGACGUUCCAGGAAUUCUUGGCCGCUUCCUCCAGUACUUGCUGGCAGUACAUCCGGGAAAAUGUGAAGAAUGCCUCAGACGUGUCACAGAAAAAUCUCUCUACUGAGGAUCUGAAGAGUCUUUUGGCCACUGAUGGGAAGACUCUGAACGACCAUUUGGCUGUCUUGAUCGGGACAAUAGGGGAGAAUGCAACUCUGCGUCGGGGAAUUGGUUUUAAGAGCGAGGACAGCGAUAUAUUCCUCUCCGGCUAUGCGCAUCCGUCUCAAAUCAGCGAAGAAGAAGGAUUCGGCUUUGGCAAGUUCGGAGCCGUUGUUGCAUUUAGGCGAUCAGAUACUCCACGUGAUGCUGCUUUGGAGCGCAGGAUAUGUCAGCACAUUGUGGGUAUGAAUCCAAAGAAGAUCGGCAAGAAAGACGUCGACGAGGCCAAUGAGGACUCGGACAACGAGGAACUCCUAAUCUUUCAGGAAUUCGUAGCGGACAAUUCAAAGAAUGUUGGUGAGGUUUUGGAGGAGUCCCGUCUCGAGGUGAUCAACUACUCGCGAUUCGAGUGUGGCGAAGAUAGUGAAUUAUAGACAUUCUGUGAGAUGAGAUUUUAAUCUCUCUUCCUAGAGUAAAUAGCCAUGAAAUCCCUGUACAACAUGUUUGAGUCAUCAUUG